GCCAAUAACGACAACGAUAAACACUCGCUUCAACUCUCUCUUCAAUCGCUUCUCUUAUAAAUAGCUGAUAUAAGUAGGCUAUUUAGGUAAUUUCACAAGUGCCAAAAGACAGCAUUAUAUUGCCAAUAGUGCCACACGGACACUUAGUAGGUAUCUAUCAAGAGGAAGAAUUUUAUCAUCGGAUAUCGAUUCGAUCGUCGUGUAAAAAUUUACAGUCUCCACAACAGCAUGUAGGCCUAUAAAUCAAUGAUAUGAUUCAGCCAAAGAAAAAACGAGAAAAGGAGGGGAAAUUUUCACCUCUGAGUAUGACAUCAUCCCCUGCUGUCAGCCCAAUGUCGAGGCAUGAAGAUUGUGCCUAUACUGCCCCUGAGAUGUAUGCCAUGCGACAACUGCACAAGGCAGGGCAGAGAGGGAUUAGGCACACAGCCCUUCCAGGAUCUUUACAGCCUUUGAAUAGAUCCAGUCAUGUACGCUCAGCACCAAACUCUAAAUUUGAUGCUACAAUGAAGUUGCCAAAGGUGAUGAACAAGGUUGAGUUUGCACCAAAUCAGAAGGUGUUACCACAGAUAGGGAAUGAGAAAGUUCAAGGCCAGGAUCAUGCGCAAAAUGUUUACAGGGGAAACCUUGACAGUUCCAUUCCAAACACCCCGAGUAACGUGGUUCGCAUAUAUUUGUCAACUGGGGGAACAGAUUUUGAAGCUGAGAGGGCCAUGCUCCAAGACAAAGUGUUCCCUCAACUACGUCAUGUAUGCGCUAAGCAUGGCCUCGAGUUGAAUGUUGUUGACCUAAGAGAAGAUAGUGACUUAUACUCCGCUGAUCUUGGACGACAUGAGAUACAGCAAUGUAGAUCUCUCUCUAUUGGUCCAUUUGUCAUGGUGCUACUUGGUGACAAAUAUGGAUCAUGGCAAGUUCCCUACCAGUUUUCAGAGUCCCAAUAUGUCAAGAUGAAGACAGGCCAGUUUGAGAAGAGAGACACAGUUCUCCAGUGCUACAUACAUGAUGAAGGGAGUUCAUCUGGUAUGGGAACAUACACACUCAAGGAAAACCUUACCGAGGAACAGCUACAGAAACUAUAUGACACAUUUCAAGAGAUAGGGGCUCACAACCUCUCAUCAGAGCUUCAGAAUGAAAUUCACAUGGCCCUACCCCUCCACAGCAAUACACCAGGCUGCUAUGUAUACCAGCGCCACUUCAAAGAUACUGAUAAUAAGGAGCAAAACCCAGAUUUGCUAGAUGUAAGCACUGAUCAGAAUACAACAAAAAUUCAGCAAAAGAACAUGGAUGAUCUUCGUCAAUAUGUGAAGAAUAGCAACACUUCGAAGGUCUGGAGAUAUACUGUACCAUAUAGCAAAAAUGGCAUCUCUAUCAAAGAUAAAGAUCAUGAGAAAUAUUUAGAGAAGAUACAGCAAGAUGUUUUGUCAGAUUUUACCACUGCAAUCCAGUCAAGUGUGAUGAAAAUUGCUGGUCAGAUGACUAGCCCAAUUUACAUGGAGGUGCUCCAGCAUACUAGCAUUGCCAAGGUGAUGUGUGAAAGCUUCUACCAGCAGGCUGAAAUCAUAGCACAAGUUAAGAUUUACCUAAACAGUAAAGAAAAACAUCCUCUCAUCAUUCAUGGUCUGCCAGAGAUUGGAAAGUCAUUUCUGAUGGCAAAACUCUCUCAGCUUGUUCCCACUCAUCUAGGAGAGGAAAGAACUGUCACUUUACUACGCUUCAUAGGGCUAACCUCAGACAGCUCAAUCGUUAUCAACUUAUUGAAGAGUCUGUGUACACAAAUACACGUGGCUUUCAACAUUCCCAUCCCCUUCCCUGGAAUCACAGUGGACACAACAAGUUUUCAGAGUAUGGCUGAUUACUUGAAGAAGCUCAUUAAUCAUCUAGGCUAUGGAGAUGAGGCAAUGAAGAAUAAACAAUUAGUGAUUUUAUUAGAUGGCAUUAAUCAGCUGAGCCCUAUGGAUCAGGCCAUGAAUAUCCUAAAUGUUAUCACAGAUCUGCCACCAACUGUCAGAGUGAUUUUGUCAACAAGAUCAUCUAUGGGGUCCAUUGAUAUCAUCGAAGAACUUAAGAAGAAGGUACCUGAAGCUAAGGCAUACUUAGAAGUACAGCCAUUAUCAAAGGCUGAGAAGGAGAAAAUCUUGAGCUCUGUGAUUCAGAACACCAAUAUGACUAUGCAGAAGGAGAAAUUGGAAGCUUUGCUAGAGGCUGCGAGUUCUCACUCACUUCUACAUCUGAAGCUACUGACACAUCACCUAGUUGAUGUAUCAAGUGGAGAAAAUCUGGAAUUCAGUUCCACUCUACAGAAAUCUAUUCAGGUCCUCAUUAAAAGACUGCAAAAAAGCAAUGAUGCUACAGUGUUGAAAUAUACAAUGGCGUACAUCACCAUUUCAGGAGAAGGGAUUAGCGAAGUAGAACUACAUGAUCUCCUCUCACGCAACAGUGAUGUCAUGAAUGCAAUAUCAAAGGGGCGAAACACUCCCAUGAAACAUCUGCCCUCAAUAUUUCUCUCCCAAGUGAUGCUGGACCUGCAUCCCUUCUUGAUAAGGCACAUGGAGCAUGGAAGGCUGGUCUAUGGAUGGUUUCACCAUAGCUUUAUGGAAGGUGUUUCCCGAGAACUGAAUAUAUUAUAUCCAGGCCAGGAGCAGAGUAGUAUCACAGAGGAGGCUUGCGACUUCACAUUGGCACUCCAUAGAGACUUUGUUGACAUGUUCUGUGAGCCAGGAUCAGACUUCACAAUGCCACAACCUACAUCUGCAGUUAACCUGAGGAAGCUCUUCAAGUUACCCAUACAUAGCCGUGUUCUGGUUCCUGUCCUAGGGCUCACGCAUGUUAAACAGCAUAUGUUCUGUAAUCUCAAUUGGCUUCUUACAAAGCUCAAAGCAACAUCCAUUGAUGAUGUCAUGUUAGACUUUGAGAAUGUCUUCACCAUCUCCGACAUGCUUGAGAGAGAAGGAAUCAUUCAGGCAGCCGAAACUGAAGAGCUACGGAUCAUAUACAAAUGUCUUAAGGAUGCUCAAGAUGGACUGAGCAAGCAGCCUGAUAAAAAGCUGAAAGACAUGUGUCAGGAACUAAUUGCAAGUGUACCUAAAGAUGCUAUUGAAAAGUAUGAGUUGAUUGCACAGUUAGUACAAGAUGUAGGACCUGCAGUUCAACAAUGGCUUGCAUCAUAAUAUUACAUAAAACCAUGUUAACACUUAACACAAUAUGAUGUAACUGUCUUAAUUAGACCUGGUGAAUUAUCUCUGGUGAUAGGGUGAAGAGACUAGAUAAUCAUGAGUCUGUAAAAUGUAUGUCAGUAAAUACCAAUGAGAUGCCCCUCAUACAGCCCAAUAUGUGAAUUUUACAUUGCCAUUAACAUUAAGGUGCAGUCACCUAUAAUUUAUUUUUUGCAAUAUUCUGAGACCAAAGGUGAAAGUUUAAAAGAUCAUGUUAGUUUUUAGUCCUUUGUAUUGUCUUAACCUGUAUAAAUGCAAUUACAUGUAGUGAGAAAUAAGCUCAGAAUGUAUGUGUUUUUAUGUGACAUAUUGUUACGUCUCCAACUUUUAUUGGCCAGUGUUUGGUGGUCGGCAUCUUUAACAAAUGGCAGUCACU